AUGGAUUACGGAAACUCUGGCCUGUGGUUCGCCUUGGCUAUCGUGUCUGCACCCAUCAUUUGGUGGGCGAUAUGCCACCUGCUGCAGCAGCUGCUGGCCGAGAUGAAGGCCGGCCUGCAGGCCGAGAUGAAGGCCGGCCUGGCCGAGAUGAAGGCCGGCCUGCAGGCCGAGCUGCGGCAGCAGCAGGGCGACCUGCGGGCGGAUGUGCGGCAGCUGGCGGAGCGGCUGGUCACGAUGGAGCAGCAACUAAGCUCGGUUCUGCGCGCUGCUGUCGCCGCCCCCGUUCCUGGCGCCCCCACUGCGGACGCCGCGAACAGCCGCAUCCAGACGCUCUUUGUGCCCCGCGCCAAGAUCGACGUCGACGAUAAUAACGUUGUGCUGCCGCUGUGCAAGGGCCGGCUGCGCGGAUCGCGCAAUACAACAAUCCUGUACAUCGUGAUCGACGCGUCCACUGCCGCCGCGGCCGAGGCGUGGGGCGCCAACCUCGCGCCGCCGCUCGCGGCCGCGGCCGCGUCGCGCGCCGCCCAGAACGCGAGCGCCGCCGGCGGCAUGCCGACCUGCGCCGGCGGCAACCUGGAGUUCGCCGCGACCGUCGACUUUGCAGCCGGCAACCGCAGCGUGACGCCCGGGCCGACGGCGUUCCCGCCGUCGAGCUUCAGCCCCGGGCCAAAGGCGCUACCUGGGUACUCCCCUCUGGCCGCGGUGGGCGGCGUUGUGCUCAACGCGCCACACGUGGGGGUGCUGCAGGGCGACAAGCUGGUGGGGCAGGCGGGGCGCGUGGUGCGGUUCAACCAGGGUUACACCAAGGUUGUGCUGGCCACCACGCACGGCUACGCCCAGGGCCGCGAGGUCAUUUACUUGUCAACCGACGCAUCAGACCCAUUGGCUGCCGCCCUCGAGAAUGUGCCCCUCGCCCCCGCGAUAGGGGCCACCCCGCCCGCGGCCCUGGCCGGCCUCGUCGCCUUCACCAACGGCGCGACGGGCGCGGAGAACAUGCAGCGGCAGGGGCUGGCGUCGGCCAUCAAGGACGGCCUGAGCCCCUUGAACGUGCUGCAGAGCUUCCCCGGGCAGGUCGCCGCCUGA